AUGGAGAUGGAAUGGUGGAUUAGCGCCUCAAAGAAGGCAUUUAAUGUGCUCAAGUGCACGGAUGUGCAAAAGCUGAUAUGUGCGGGUUAUGAGCUACAAAAUGAGGCUGAAGCCUGGUGGAAGGCUACUAAGCCAAAUCUGAAAACUGCUCAUCUAAAUCCCAUAUGGGAGCAAUUUAAAGAAGUCUUCUUCAAGAACUACUUCCCGGAGAGCUUUAGGGAGAGGAAAGAAGCUGAGUUCUCUGCAUUGGUACAAGGAAGCAAGUCAGUGUUGGAUUAUCAACAAAGGUUUGAAGAUCUGUACCAUUUUUCUCCAGAGCACCCAAAAGGGGAAGUUAGCAAGACGAAGAAGUUCGAGAAGGGGCUUAAACCUGAGAUUGGAUCAGUUCUAUCAGUUAUGGACAUCCGGGACUAUGCUUAG